AUGGACUCCAGUGGACUCCAGUGGAUUCCAGUGGCCCUCUUACCAGGCCAGAUUGGCUGGCAGAAUGCCCAGUCCAGUCCAGUCCAGUCCAGUCCAGUCCAGUGGACUAUGAGUCCAGUCGGAGUCCAGUGGAGUCCAGUGGAUUCCACAUGGUCACACUUCCGUGACCAUCCCAUUCCCUUCCACCACCACCACCACCCUUCACCACUCCCCUCCAACGCCGCCAACGCCAACGCCGCCCACGCCAACGCCAACGCCGCCAACACCAACGCCAACACCAACGCCGCCAACGCCAACGCCGCCCACGCCAACGCCAACGCCGCCCACGCCAACGCCAACGCCGCCCACGCCAACGACGCUCAUGCCCACGCCAACGACGCCCACGCCAACGUGGAAGGACAGGCCAAGAACGAGGGACGGCGCCCAUGA